AUGGCUCAGUUGACACCUCAGCCACCACCAGUUGACGUGGCUGCGCCUCCUCCCAACCAAAACGAGCCUCAGGCCGAGUCCAGCUGUAAGCUUACGGUAUGGUCUAAUGGUGUUCUAGAUGGUGCAGGAGUAAAGGAGGCCUUUGACGAGAAGAGACUCCUGAGAGUUCAAACGCCUGCCGAGAUGGCCAGGCAAUAUAAGAAUUCUCUCGUGAAGACUCCAUUCACUGACAAUAUAUCCCUUAGGUGGCAGGUGGAAAACAUGAUACUGAGAGGUGAAUUGGCAGACUACCUCACAACAAAGGAGUACGUGAAGCCUCAGGAGGUCAAUCCUCGAAAAGUCGAAGGUAAUCAAGUGACGAUCAUCCAUACAAUACAUGGAAGAUCGGAGGAUGAUCAAGAGUCAGAGGAGGUGUAUAGGUCCCAAUUGAGAACAACCCAUAAGCUAAGGAGGUUAUCCUCGGUGAACGCUAUCGCUUUAGGAAGCAUCCACAUUGGGUUCGGCGAUGGAGAUUUAUCCAGAGUUCAACUCCCCCACGAGGAUCCGUUGGUCAUCAAUCUCUUGGUGGCGAAUUGCAUGAUUAAGAGGGUUUUGAUAGACCCGGGUAACAGCGUUAACAUCAUCACAAAUGCGGUCUUUGAGCAACUAGAGAUUCCGUCAUCAUCAAUUCGGCCCACCUCUAGCCCCUUGAUAGGGUUUGAUGGCACAAAGGUAGACCCUCUUGAGGUAAUUGACCUAUCCGUGACCGCGGCAAAGAGGACACUGAAGGAGAACUUUGUUCACACGGAGAUCCACCCUUCUUAUAAUCUUAUUAUGGGAAGAGGCUAG